CUGGUGCCGCUGAGCGGGCUCGCGCCGCUGUCCACCCGCCGCGCCGCUGCCCCGCAGGAGGCCGCCGGGGAGGGGCGGGCGAGAGCGCGGGGCACCGGGAGGCGGGGGCGGCGGAGAAGUGAUGCUGGCGCCGGGGAGCUGGGCAGCGGCAGGCGAGCAGCAGCAUCUUCGGGACCCCGGCUGCAGCGUCCCCGUGGCCCUCGGGCCAGCGGAGCAGCUGGAGACCACGCGCCUAGCGGAUCUACUGGAGGCACUUCAAAAAUUACUCAAUCAAAGGGUGGAGGGAUUCAGUGCUUUACCCUGAUAGGACUGCAGAAGUUUUCAUCAUAAGAGUUAAGAGGAAGAUUUAUGAGGCCUGGAGCCUUCCAUCAGGUGUGGAAGAAAGUAAAGUGAAUGCAGCAACGCCAGGCUGGCACUGAGGCCCACAGACAAUCCCCCGCUCACUCUGCAGAACAUUGAGAUUUAUUAGUAAUAUGCUGCUCUCGCAAAAUGAAAAGAAAGUAGUGCCAAGAAGGCAUAUUCUUCAAUAUUUGGAGUAGGAGUUGCCCUCAAGACAAUGGCUUCAAAGGUCUCCUGCUUAUAUGUGUUGACUGUUGUGUGCUGGGCCAGUGCUCUCUGGUAUCUGAGUAUAACUCGUCCCACUUCAUCCUACACUGGCUCUAAGCCAUUCAGCCACCUAACAGUUGCAAGGAAAAACUUCACCUUUGGCAACAUAAGAACUCGACCUAUAAACCCACAUUCUUUUGAAUUUCUUAUAAAUGAGCCCAACAAAUGUGAGAAAAACAUUCCUUUCCUUGUUAUCCUCAUCAGCACCACCCACAAGGAAUUUGAUGCCCGCCAGGCUAUCCGGGAGACAUGGGGGGAUGAGAACAACUUUGAAGGGAUCAAGAUAGCCACUCUCUUCCUCCUGGGCAAGAACGCAGAUCCUGUUCUGAAUCAGAUGGUUGAGCAAGAGAGCCAGAUCUUCCACGACAUCAUUGUGGAGGACUUCAUCGACUCCUACCACAACCUCACCCUCAAAACAUUAAUGGGGAUGAGAUGGGUGGCCACUUUUUGUUCAAAAGCCAAGUAUGUCAUGAAAACGGACAGUGACAUUUUUGUAAACAUGGACAACCUUAUUUAUAAACUCCUGAAACCCUCCACCAAGCCAAGAAGGAGGUAUUUUACUGGCUAUGUCAUCAAUGGGGGGCCUAUCCGGGAUGUUCGCAGUAAGUGGUACAUGCCCAGGGAUUUGUACCCUGACAGCAACUACCCACCUUUCUGUUCAGGCACUGGCUAUAUCUUCUCAGCCGAUGUGGCUGAACUCAUUUAUAAGACCUCACUCCACACAAGGCUGCUUCACCUUGAAGAUGUAUACGUAGGACUCUGUCUUCGAAAGCUAGGCAUACAUCCUUUUCAGAACAGUGGCUUCAAUCACUGGAAAAUGGCCUAUAGUUUGUGUAGGUAUCGCCGUGUUAUCACUGUGCACCAGAUCUCUCCAGAAGAGAUGCACAGAAUCUGGAAUGACAUGUCAAGCAAGAAACAUCUCAGAUGCUAGAAUUUUUACCAGUGUAAAUAUGUUUCUUUUCUUUUUUAAGAAAUAGAGCCUAAGGUGGUAUUUUACAGGUGUCACCGGGGGAAAUGAACUGAUGAAGGGGUUUUGUAAAGAUUUUACUUUCUGCUCCUAGUUCCUUUCUUGGAUUACCAAUUUACAAAAGCCAGGCUCUGGUCAUACAAACAACAGUGAAUUAGAAGGGCCAGAUUUCAUUCUCAGCUCCUAAGACAUUGUCAUGUAUCUCGCAAAGGGACUUCCAAACAGCUCCUAGGAUUUGUGCACUGUGCAUCUAAGAUAAAAAUCUAGUUCUGGGAAACUGAAACUCACAGUAAUGUCUUCAUAUCAUCUCUGCAAAAAAUAAAUAAAUAAGUAAACAACUUUUUCAAAAACAAUUCAGAAAUGAUGCACAGCCAGAAAGACACACUGGAUGUGAUGAUCAAUACUGUAUGUGUUAUUGCUACAUUGAAUUUUUACAUAUAUUGCCAUGUAAUGUGUACAGUAUUUGUAAUUCCAAUGAGAAGGAAACAGUACUAGCAGGGGUGCUGCAGAGAAUAGAUGGGAAUUUAAACUUGAGAAUCAAAUAUUCUGUAUGUUUGAAAGAUAACUCUGCUUGCUCAUCCAAGGAUUAAACCUGGUCAGUAGGUGAAAUGUACAUAAAAUACUAAAAUAAAGUAAUUUUUUUUUACUCUUUCAAAACAAACAUUACAUUACAUGGUGCCUCCAAGGAGAUUUUGCCAAAUGUAGUAAUCUCACUUGCUUCCCUCCAUAUAACACCAAGUGAAUUUCACAGUUUCUGGAUCAGGCAGGCACCUGUCUCCAUAAGUAAACAAGUUGGCAGGAGGCCAGAGAACACUAAAUCAUAUUAAGAGAAUAUAAAGUUAUAUAUAUAUUAUAACUAACAUAAGUUUAGCAAUAGUAUAAUAUGCCCCUCCCACACAUUUGCAAAGCAUGUGAGAAAAUCAUUCUGGGGUAUCAGUAUUUCUGAAAAACUUUGGUCCUCCUGUUGAUAGAUGGAAUAUUGUUUAACAUCUGAAACACCCAAGCACCUUUAGAAAUAUAGCUAUAUGAGGGCUUCUGGGUGGCCUGUGACUAAAGUUCCUGGGAAGGAAGGAUGAGGAAGACUGGAUUCAGAUCCUAUUAAUGCUACCAAACUUAUUGGACCACGUGAGCAGGCCACUCAAAUCUUCUGUAUUUCAAUAUGCUCACUUAUAAAAUGGCUGUAAAAAAAACCUACCUCACAGGUGCUGUGAGAGCAAAUCACAUUUGCUAAGUAUUUUGAGAUCCUUAGUAUAUAAGGUGCUACAUAAUGCCAUGCAUCAUGCAUUAUGUUAAAUGCUAAAAUGAUUAUGAUAAUUAUAAUGAUGGUCAUGAGUAGUAAUAAAAAUUAUCUUAACAUAAAAUAUACCAAAAUAAAGAUCAGCUAUGAGCUAUCAGUAUACAUAAUUCUGCCAAGAUGUUGAUAUUUCCUUGGGUAUAAGUUAGUUGUUUGGGGAACUUCCAUUUCUCUGCCAUUUUUUCUGCGUUCAAUGAGUAAAUUAUUACUUCUGUGUGUUGCCUUGAUAUCCCAAGGUGCUGAAAGAAAGCCAGCUGCCUUCCUUUGGGGAAGAGCUUUGUAAAAAUGCAUGAAGACAACUUAUAUCUCAGGAAACAUUUGACCUGAGUUCUCUUUAAGAACUUUUAGGACAGGUAGAGAGAGUCCAUCUCUAUUAGAAGAAGUCUAGGCACUCAGCAAAUCUGCACAUUACACACCCACCAUUCUUUAGAAAACAUUGUUCCCAUUCAAUGAAAUCCCCACAGCUGAAAAAGUACACCUAGUUUUUUAUUAUUUUUUAACCUAAUCUUUGGAAGCUCCCACAGAAGUUGAUAUCAAACAGGUAGACAUUAAAUGGAUGUCAUGGCCUAUUUCUUGAAAAGACUGGAAAUCUCAUCCCUAGUCCAAAGUACCCAAUAUGAGACAGGAGUUCCUGUCCCUUAAUGGAUCUUCCUUCAUCUUAUGGUCAGCGGGACUGAUGAUUUUGAUGACAGAACACUGUUAGGUAGCCUGGGGAGAGAUGGCACAGAACAAGGUGAGCCACAUCCCGAUCCCUACCUUGUAACCUCAACUGCUGUGAGUUCCAAUCGCUGGGAAAGUCUCAUGACUUCAUAGUUGGUUUGCCUCCCCACUGGGCAGCGGAAUCAAGUCUCUGUCUCAUACUACUGCCUUGCAUCUACCCUAUGCUCAGUCAAGUCACCUUUAGUGUCAAGUAACUGCACAUUGUAAACAUCGCAUAUGUACAUCUGAAUUGUUUUAUAUGUGUUGAUAUAGAGUCUGAAUAGACCCCUAAUCUUGAAAAGGAGCAAAAAUCAGAAAAUCAUGUCUUAAAGAACUCUUUCCUAACUUUUUUUGCUAGAUAAUGCCCAUGUGACAAAUAUGUAAAUAUUCAUCAAAGACCACAUGUAUAUAUUUUAAAGUUCUUUUUUCUUCUCCCCAGUUGUAUGUACAGCUAGAAUUUGCUUGCUAUGUAAUAUUUUCUUCUGCAUGAAACUUGGUAAGGCAAGGCCAUUUGUCCAAUAUUUCAAUACCCUUAAGCAUGUUUACCCUUUGCUUUGUGAAUGUUCAAAAAGUGUUUAAAUGAUCAAGGAAAAGUUUUAACUUUCUACUUUUGUUAAUUUUACAACACGAAACUGACCAAAUUAUUUCUGCAAUAUUUGUUAAGUCAUUAUUAUCAUUUUUGACAUAAAAUAGUGUCUCAUUAUAAAAGGCAGUAUUCUGGGGCUGGGAAGGUAGCCCAGUGGUAGAGUAGCUUGUCUAGCACGUGCAAGGCCCUGGGAUCCAUUCCCAGCAGUGCAGAAAAAUUAAAAUUAAAAUGAUGGUGUUCUACCAGGAGUCAUUCGGAUGAUUUUUACAGGAACUCCAUAACUUCUCCCCUAUGUUCAUAAUGCACUGGAAAACAAUGCCUAUCAAUAGUGUUUAUAUUCUUAAUGUUUCUUUUAAAAUUCAUUUUGGCUAAAAACAUUUUAUCUUUUGUAGCUAGUUUGUGUGGCUUUGUGUCUUCUUAUAUUGGAGCAGUUUCAAUACACCAUAGUAUACUUUUAAAUAACCAGAAUCAAAAUGAAGAUGAUUUUUAAUUUGAACUAAAUUCAGAAGAACAAACCACUUAGGUGAUACGGGGGAAACAAACUCUUUACAGAGAAACCAAGGAAGGAGUUUUUCAAUCAAAUUUCUUCUACCGAAAGACAGUGAAUAUUUAUGUACAGUGUCUGGGAUUCAUUUUCUACCUUUCCUAAUAUGUGGGUUCAUUGGGGGAAUUGAUUAUGUCAUUUCUUCUGUAAAGCUGAAGAUGGUUUUUAUAAGCAACAAAGUGACUUGUGAAUGAAAGAUGUAAUUUACUAGAAACACUUGUUGAUCAUUGACAUUUAGGUAUAUCAUUAUAUAUGAAUGAUUGUAUUUAUGUAUUUAUUUGUUCAAAAUUGUACAUACCGUUUCACCACAAGUAAUUGUCUGUAAAAGUGCACCCUCUGGGGUUUGUAGUACUACUUAGGGUUACUUGGGUUGCCAAUCAAGCUGCUAAUCAGAAUACUAUUUUUUUGUAUCAAUGUUUAAAACUAAAAAUGAUAAAUAGAUGCUGACGAUGUCUUCACAUUCAGUUUCUUCACUUUCCUCUUGAAAUGUAAACUGUUGAUUGAAAGCACGAUGCAAAUGUACAGGCCCAUCUGUCAUGAGGAAGAUUACGGUUCCAUAAAGCUGAUUUUUUAAACCAUUGGGACAAAUAAACAGAAGAACAUA